CAAGACAAUCGAGCUAUGAUGAGACAGAGAUAACAUGAGACGAACCGAGAGAGUUCUCAGCGUCAAUACGAAUCCGCCUCGUUUUGGCCCCAAUUGUACUGCUCUCAGCCUGGGGCGGAUUUCUCUUCGUCGCAACUACUACAAAAUCGCCCGAAUCUGCACGACGGACCACUUUUUCUUUAGAAGCUGUCUUUAUUUUGUUUAGAAAAACACAUACUAUUGAGCGCAAUAUGAAAUCGCAAAUGAAUGCCCACUCAUCAUCCAACGCCCAGUCACCAUGGCAGCAAAAAGUCCAGGUAACGGCUUACGGCUUCGACGAGGCCUAUCCCAAGGUCUGGCUCAUCUUUGAGGCUUUAUGUCUUGUUGCGCUGCUUGGGUUUCUCGUGUGGUCGUGCUUUAUCAGACAGCCACGGGGUGACCCGAAGAAACCGCUGCCUAUAAAGGCAGUUAUUGCGUCUAUUCUGAGCUAUGCAAUCGCGAGAAUGAUGAACAUCAUAACUCUCUUCCUGGGCAUUUUCAAAGCCAACGUUCAGCAGAGCUACGUUAUCGUUUCUAUGCUGAACCAAAUCUUCUACCUCAUUGCCGUAAUGCUGGGAUUCUACGUUUUCUGGAAGCUCAUACAGAAGCUUCUCGAGCGGCUGGCAGAAGACAAGCCAAGCAAGGCCUUUGCUCCCAUGGCCAUCGCCCACUGGGUCCUAUUGGGAGUUUUGUCCGUGCUCUCAGCUGUAGAAUGUGCGCUUUACAUUGCCUUUGUUGUCAAAGGUAUCAAUGUGGGUGAAAGGUACAUGAAGCUUGCAUAUGAGUAUAACAAAGUCUCUGCAGCCCUGAGUAUCUUCUGUUGGAUUGCUUCGUUGGAGGCUUUUUGCUGGAUUAUCUUUGUUUUCGUCAGCGCUGCACCUGACCGAAGGGCCGGACUCGUUUCCCUGUCCGUGGGAAGCUUCUUCUUUUUUCUCGUCAACUUCGUCCUAGCCAUCUUACAAAUUAUCUACGUCCUCGAGCAAAACAUGGCCCCAGACUACCUCGACGCCGCCAGGACCGUCAUCGAGUUCUUCUGCACCAUAGGAAUUUAUGCCGGUGUUCUUCUGUGCUUCCGGAAAUGGCACCAUGUGCAUAUCAGUCCGCCACAGAAGGUCCUGGAAGCAGGCGGAGACGAAGGAGAGACGAACGAGGAGGACUGUAACUCUUCGCUGAGGUCGUAUCAUAGUAUGGUGUAUUCGCAGCAGCAGGAGCAGCUGAGGUAUUCAUUUCCCCAGGGGGCGGCAUCGGCGCAGCAGGUGCAUAUGUAUAUGCCACGGUGAUUGUACCGGUGGGGACGAGAUAAGAUGUUAUGUUAAUUUAUGCUUGAGUUUGUUUAAUGUUUAUCCCGAUUCAAAGGUUUCAACA